AUGACGGGGGGGAACAAACAAAAGAGAUAUGCUCUGAUUGGCACAGGGGGUCGUUCGUCCUUCUUCUACACAGCGAUAGCGACGACCUACAAAGAGACCUCCGUUGUUGUAGCGCUAUGCGACACCAACCAGACACGACUGGACUUUGCGAACUCACAGUUAGAAUCUCUCGGCCAUGCCAAGGUUCCCACUUUCAAAGCGUCGGAUUUCGACCGAAUGAUUCGAGACACGAAACCAGACGAGGUCAUCGUAACAACCAUCGAUCGCACACACAACAUCUACAUUGUUCGCGCGCUGGAACUAGGUUGCAAUGUUGUAACGGAGAAACCCAUGACUAUUGACGCACCACGGUGUCGUGAGAUCUUUGAUGCUGUUGAGCGAACGGGCAAGAAAGUACGCGUUACGUUCAACUACCGCUACGCACCGCACAACACAAAGGUUUGGGAACUUCUUCGUUCUGGCGCAAUUGGAAGGGUGACGAGCAUACACUUUGAAUGGAUGCUCAACACAUCGCACGGCGCAGACUACUUCCGCCGCUGGCACCGGGAUAAGCGUAAUAGUGGUGGGCUACUCGUCCACAAAUCAACACAUCACUUCGACCUCGUCAAUUUCUGGUUAUCCUCGCGUCCGGAAACUGUGUACGCGCAGGGAAAUCUGAACUUCUACGGGCGAGAGAACGCUGAGAAGCGAGGCGUUCAAGACUUCUACACAAGAGCCCAUGGCAGUGAGGUGGCGAAGAAAGAUCCAUUCGCACUACACAUGGACCAAAAUGAGAAGCUGAAGAAGAUGUACCUUGAUGCCGAGCACGAAGACGCAUACUAUCGCGAUCAAAGCGUCUUCGGCGACGGCAUAAGCAUAGAAGAUACAAUGAACCUCUUGGUAAAGUAUGAGAACGGUGCGCUACUCACCUAUUCCCUGACUGCAUACGCACCAUGGGAAGGCUUCCGCGUGUCGUUCAACGGCACUGGGGGCCGUGUAGAAAUGGAAGUCGUCGAGAACAGCUACGUGAACAGCGGAGGAGACCAAUCGCUCGAGGGAUCACUCGAAAAGCGAUCGAUUACACUCAGAAAGCUGUUUGAGAAGCCUGAGGACAUAGAGAUCCCUGAUUCUGUUGGGGCGCAUGGCGGAGGCGACGAGGUCCUGCUAGCAGAUUUGUUUGGUGAGCAAGGUGCGGAGAUCGACCAGGAUAUGAGAGCUGCUAGUCACGUUGACGGUGCGCUUUCAAUUCUUACGGGCAUCUGUGGAAAUAAGUCAAUGGCUACUGGACAGGUUGUUAAAAUCGACGGGUCUCUCAUUCCCGAUGAUAUUCAAUUUCCCUACAUCAGGAUAGAUUAUUUCCGUCAGCAACCGGAGCACAAGGCGCCGUUAGCAUGCUUCUUGAGUCAUGUACACUCUGAUCAUUUGGCCGGCCUCGAGUCGUUACGCGCUCCGUUUGUGUACUGUUCAGCUGCGACUAAGGAGAUACUGCUGCGACUAGAGAAAAUUUGCUAUCGUGUCAACUUUGCUAAGGGGAUCCUCGAGAGUAGCAAUGUCACUUACAACAGAAGCAUGCGCAAACUGGCCAAGGCGCUCCCUCUUGACACACCAACCUUGAUUGAAUUAUCGCCAGGAAACAGUAUCAGGGUAACUCUUAUCGAUGCAAACCAUUGCGUCGGUGCCGUCAUGUUUCUGAUUGAGGGCAAUGGUAAAGCAAUACUGUACACCGGCGAUAUCCGCGCGGAGGAAUGGUGGGUAAACUCAAUAGUACAAAACCCAGUACUAUUGCCAUAUUCACUCGGAAACCGAGAGCUCGAUUGCAUGUAUUUGGACACGACUUUCGCUACAAAAAAGGAGCCCUAUCGACAAUUUCCGAGUAAAGCACAAGGCAUACAAGAGCUGCUGGACAAGGUGAGUGAGUAUCCGCGCGAUACAAUCUUUUACUUCCAUUCUUGGACGUUUGGAUAUGAGAACGUAUGGAUAGCGCUCUCUGCAUUCCUACACUCGCGCAUACACCUUGACGAGUAUCGAGCGCGUGUAUACGGUUCAUUGUCUACGCUAGAUAAGCGGCAAUUGCGAGAAGCAGGCCUUGAUGUCCCAGCAAGUAACAAACCGCUUCAAGAAAUUGGACUGGAGAUCCGCGAGGCUCCUGCUUUAUGCGGUUUUAGGAAUGGAAAUCACAUACAACCGGGUUGUCUGACGUCUCAGGAGGACGUCCGCAUUCAUAGUUGUGAGCGUGGCAUGGGUUGUUCAGUCCUGGACCGCGAUUCGAACGCAGAGAUCAUACACAUCAUCCCCAUCGUUACGCGCACCGACGGAGUGGAUAUCGCCGAACUAGGCGUUGGAGGUGGCAAGGGUGAUCUCGAUCAGAAAGAAGAGCUAGAGUCUGGUGGAGUGGGCGGCAUAGACAAGUUGUUAGAGCUCUGUGCUGCAUCCAUAGACGAUGAGCGUUUGCUCGCGAAAGUAGUUGCGUUGGUACGGCGUACUCUCAUCGAAGAUGGCAAACUCGACCUGGACAUGCAGCUUCAAAAGCACAUUCAUGACACGCAAGACGAUGUGUCUUUGGAAACUCUCGUCUCUAUAUUUUCAUUCAAUGCUUCAAAAGACUCCGGAAUGGAAUUGCCGUCUAAUAGGACGAUUCGAUUUCCAUACAGUCGCCAUUCUUCAUACUCCGAACUUCGUGGCCUUGUUAGGGCCUUCAGUCCUAAAGAUGUAUUUCCAUGCACUGUUGACGAUGUUCAUUGGACACCCGAGCUUAGCAUGCGAAAUAUGUUUGGCGAUUUGUGCUCGGCUGAUCUUUUUCGCCACGAUACCAUAAUGAUGGAGAUUUUCGAAGCCAGAUUGGCCUUCGAGCGCCGACAAAAGCGAUACAGAGGAGAGAACCCAACGGAUACGCAAAUGACUGAUGAUGGGGCCUAUGAACGGCAUGUCAUACUCCCCACCUCGAACGACAUGGCUUCAAGCACGCCAACCAAAUCAGGAAACUUUGGGGUUCCGAGGGUUCUUCCUACAUCAAAACCACCUUUUGCGCAUAGUUCUCGUCAGGAAGUGGCCAAUCAAACUCCAGAAGAUCAAUCUAUCCACUUUUCGUCGGUAGCCAAACAGUACACCACGGCUUCCAAUUCUUCCUCCAGAACAGAUUUACUGGCACCCAGCUUACACAAAAGGCGACGAAAGACAAAUCGGCAACUUGCUUACGACGCAGCAAUUGGAGCCAAUGGUCUUUCUUGGAGCGACUAUGGUGGUUUAGUUUCAACCAGAAGCAGGGUCGUCCAAGAUGAGCCAGAGCUCUGA